AUGGUUUCUUCAUCGAUAUUUGCUCUUCCAUCAAGAUCUACUUUAACAUCAAGGUUAAGUAGAAUUCCAUUUAAACCAGGAAUAAAUUUACACAUUCAAGAAAACCUCAAACACCAGUCUACAAAAUUAAAAGAUAUUAAUAAAAACUGUAUAUUAAUUUUUGAUGAAAUGGCGUUAAGUGCUGGAUUAAGGUAUGACAAAAAAAACGACAUGAUACUCGGCCUUCAGAAAAAUCAGAAUAGCCAAACACCAAAGUUUGCUGACCAUGCUCUAGUUUUUAUGUUGAGAGGGAUUGCUAGAAGUGGAAAACAGCCGUAUGCAUAUUAUUAUAGCACACAGCACUAUUCAAACGGCUGA